AUGCUAUCUAUUACCGAGCUACUGGUUCCCGCACCCUCCAUCACGCUAUCGUACUCUGUACCACCAGCUCGGCCCUGCCUUUCACCCAGGUCAUCGGAAUCCUCUUAUUGCAUGGACACUUCGCACAAGGCCCCAAGUUUGCCGGUUCUAUCUUUGAAUCGCCUUAGCUCAGAACUUCUGGCUCUUGUGUUUCAACAGCUUCGGGACAUAGACUCACCACUCACGUCUGUGCGUCUAGUCUCUAAGAGGUUCGAUGCCAUAGCUACACCUAUCGCCUACCGAUUCCUGACCUUGAACGAAUCUCUCGUCGCACCAGAUGCUGAACAACGAUAUCCCAACGUCUCUCGGCACAUCUCUCGUCUCACAAAUCAUGUCACAAUACGAAGCAACUUGGAUCCUACAAGGAUUACAGGAAUAUUAUCUUGUAUCAAGCGAUUGAAAUGGCGAUACAUAGAUGGCGACAUUCCUGCAGAGGGCCUGUGGCUACCUUCGGACCUCCGUCACUUGCACAAUUGCAACUCGAACGGCACCCAACUAUACAUCGAGGACCUUCCCCUGCGACGAGACUACAAUGGUAAUCCGUUGGAUACUUUUACGAGAUCGAUUCCCUCAGAACUGUUGGCAUCAUUGAAGCUUGCCAACCCGACGCCGGUCCUGUCAACUAGGCUCGGCUCGUUAAAACAGCUCCUCGUCCAAUCUAGACAGCUAAAAACACUACGCUACGAAGAUCGCGGUCAAGGCACAUGCUUCAAGUUCUCUCCCGGAGAACAAAUGCCACCCAUCGUCGACUUGAUGCUGCGGUCAUACGACUGGAGCCAUACAGCUGAGGAUGUUCAGAAACACUGGGAUUUCUCCAAGAUACAGUCGCUCGAGUUAAUAUCUGUGCCCAUCUUUAACUUUCUUCGCUCAGUGCCUUUCCAAGACUUCUCCGCGUUACAUACACUCCAUGUGGAAGACUACAGUGCUCAUCUGCCUGACAAGAGAGAGGAUGCCACUAUUGGGUUGAACUUGUUGGUGAAAGAUCACAUUGAGGCACUCGAGGCGUUGAACAUCACUUGCCAUACCCGAUUGUUCCAGCUUGAAUCUAUCGCAGCACAUCGAAAGUCGCUACAGGUACUACGACUGAGGGACCACGUCGGGUUCUCAGAAGAUGGCCAGAAAUGCCCAACCUUGGCACCUGUUGAUAUAGCCCAACUAGGUCAACAGCUGAAGUUCGUUCACACCCUCGAACUUGACCUAGAUACUAGAUUAUGCGAUCCUACUACCUUUCUCAGGGCUAUAUGUGUCUUCCCAGCUGUGCACACCCUCACCUUACACGUCCAGACCAUAAUCCAUCCUCUAGAACAAGUGUCUCCGGGAAUCGACCGCGAUCGAGAGGCUGCGAUGCAAACCUUCAAACUGCUCGUGCAGGAAAAGGAGAGACUCGGCUCACAUACGCCUUGGAAGCAUAUCGUGCUCAACGUUGGAGGUUGGAAGCGAGUCAUGGUGCGACGGCUAGGUGACGUGUGGCGAAGAAGGAACGAGAUGGGCAUUUACGCUGAAAGAUGCUUUGUCUUCGAACGAGAUGCCCGUAGUGGAAAUGUCGCAGUGCGCGAAGAGGUCUGCGUUGAGAACACGAGUCGGGGAGGAAGCCCAAGCCCUUGA